AAUGUGGCCAAGAAUUAAGAUAUAAAUAUUAUAGAAGAGCCUCCUCUCAGUCACAAAAAAACUACAAUCAAACGAUUCUGUCAAAUUAAGCAGUCGACGCCGAGGAUCCACACCGUAGUCGAGUCGAUCGCGCAGGAUCGAGGUUCUACAGAGGAGCGGAAGCAUGUCGACGCCCAGGAAGAUGCUGAUUGAUGGGGAGAAGAAGGGCGAUACUGCUGCCGCCGGGGCAGUGGAGGAGGAGAGCUACGAUUUUGAUCUCUUUGUGAUCGGGGCUGGGAGUGGAGGAGUCCGUGCUGCUAGAACUUCUGCAGGCUUUGGAGCUAAGGUGGCGAUCUGUGAGCUUCCAUUCAAUCCUAUUAGUUCUGAAUCUCUAGGAGGAAUUGGUGGAACAUGCGUCAUUCGGGGUUGUGUUCCUAAAAAGAUAUUGGUGUAUGGAGCACAAUUUGGUGGUGAAUUUGAGGAUGCACGAAACUUUGGAUGGCAACUUAGUGAUCAAAUUGGAUUCAACUGGAAAAAGCUUUUGCAUGAUAAGACCCAAGAAAUUGUAAGACUAAAUGGUGUUUACAAGCGGUUAUUAUCCAGUGCUGGAGUGACCAUCUUGGAGGGGGAGGGCAAGCUUGUCAGUGUUAACAGAGUUGAGUUGAUUCAGCCGGAUGGUUCAAAGCAACAGUUUUCGGCUAAACAUAUCUUGAUUGCAACUGGGAGUCGUGCUCAGCGUGUUAAUAUACCUGGUCAGGAACUGGCGAUCACCUCAGAUGAGGCAUUGAGUUUGGAUGAGAUACCCAAACAUGUUGUGGUACUUGGGGCAGGGUACAUUGCUGUAGAAUUUGCUUCAAUAUGGCGUGGGAUGGGCGCUGAAGUUGACUUGGUCUAUCGAAAGGAGCUUCCAUUAAGGGGUUUUGAUGAUGAAAUGAGAGCAGUGGUUGCUAAAAAUCUUGAAGGAAGGGGAAUUAAAUUGCACCCUGGAAAGAAUUUACAGGAGUUGAGUAAAACAGAAGACGGCAUUAGAGUUUUGACGGACCAUGGAGAUGUCAUUGUGGCUGACACUGUCUUAUUUGCUACAGGUAGGGCACCAAACACAAAAAGAUUGAACUUACAAGCUGUUGGCGUUGAGUUGGAUAAAACUGGAGCUAUAAAGGUGGAUGAGUAUUCUCGCACUACUGUCCCUAGCAUAUGGGCUGUUGGAGAUGUUACUAACCGGUUGAAUUUGACUCCUGUGGCUUUAAUGGAGGGGACUUGCUUUUCAAAAACUGUAUUUGGUGGGCUGCCAACCAAACCUGACCAUAGGAAUGUUCCUUCUGCUGUAUUUUGUAUACCACCUCUUUCGGUUGUUGGUUUUAGUGAGCAGGAGGCUGUAGACCAAGGCAAGAAUGAUAUUCUGGUCUUUACAUCUACAUUUAAUCCAAUGAAGAAUACAAUUUCUGGAAGGCAAGAAAAAACUGUUAUGAAGCUUAUUGUUGAUUUGGAGACUGAUAUAGUACUUGGGGCAUCAAUGUGCGGUCCAGAUGCACCAGAGAUUUUGCAGGGUAUAGCUGUUGCUGUCAAAGCUGGAGCCACUAAAGCACAAUUCGAUAGCACUGUCGGUAUCCAUCCUUCUGCUGCUGAGGAGUUUGUUACAAUGAGGACUUUGACUCGUCGUGUUGCUCCUGGGAAGCCUAAAACGAACUU